UGUAUUCAAUUGUUUCUUUGACACACGGGCGGAGAAAGCAGUGACAUGGCGUCGACAAGCCGCGGAGAUGCUCUCGCCCUUCCCAGAGUUCAGUGUCCCAACCACCCUGAUGCCAUACUGGUGGAGGACUACAGAGCAGGGGACAUGAUUUGCCCCGAAUGCGGCCUUGUAGUAGGUGACCGUGUAAUCGAUGUCGGCUCAGAAUGGAGGACAUUCUCCAAUGAGAAAGCUCUCAAAGAUCCAUCCAGAGUGGGAGACGCCCAGAACCCACUGCUCAACGGAGGUGACUUAACCACCAUGAUCAGCAAGGGAACUGGCGCAGCUAGCUACGAUGAAUUCGGCAACUCCAAGUACCAGAACCGGCGGACCAUGAGCAGCUCCGACCGGGCCAUGCUCAACGCCUUUAAGGAAAUCAGCACCAUGGCAGAUCGCAUCAACCUGCCGAGGAAUAUCAUAGACAGAACAAACAACCUAUUCAAGCAGGUGUAUGAACAGAAGAGCCUGAAGGGGCGAGCCAACGAUGCCAUCGCUUCAGCCUGUCUCUACAUCGCCUGCAGACAAGAAGGUGUACCACGAACAUUUAAAGAGAUCUGCGCCGUAUCCAGGAUCUCCAAGAAGGAGAUCGGCAGAUGCUUUAAGCUGAUCCUGAAGGCGCUGGAGACCAGCGUGGACCUCAUCACCACCGGAGACUUCAUGUCCCGCUUCUGCUCAAACCUCGGUUUGCCCAAACAGGUGCAGAUGGCGGCCACCUUCAUCGCCAGGAAGGCGGUGGAGCUCGACCUGGUGCCCGGCAGGAGCCCCAUCUCAGUGGCAGCAGCAGCCAUCUACAUGGCCUCCCAGGCCUCCGCAGAGAAGAAGACCCAGAAAGAAAUCGGGGAUAUUGCCGGUGUUGCAGAUGUUACGAUCAGACAGUCCUACAGACUCAUCUACCCACGCGCUGCAGAACUCUUCCCUCCAGACUUCAAAUUCGACACACCCGUCGACAAGCUGCCCCAACUGUGAAGACGAUGCCCCCUGCACAGUGACGAUAUUUUUCUGCUGAUAUUCUUUCUUUAAAAUCAUAUUUGUGUUGGAUUUGGAAGAUUUCUCUAGUCCCUCCUGAGACUUCUGGCCUUUGUCGAGGCGCUCUCACAGGAAUAAAACGGACACAUUCCAGUGCUUAAUUAAACAGCUUGCAGACUGUACUUACAGUAUUUCAUUUGAGUGUAUAUACUGUAUCAUGUAUAUAUGUCCAAGUGGGAAAAUGUAAUUGAUGCUUGCAAUUUUAGGCUGGUUUCAUAUUGUAUACAUAAAACUUUGUUUUUGUAGAAAAAUGACCUGGUUCUAUUUUGUUAGUUAGUUUGAAUUGUUCUAAGUAAUUUAAACAAAUAAAAAGUUUUUCUUUAAA